UUGCUCCUAUCAUACAUGCACAUCGAACAAGUAGUAGUAGUUAUUUUAAUUCAAUUUGCUUUUAUUGCAUUCUAAUGAUUUUCCAUUUCCUCACAGGUCUCAGUGCAGCAAAGCUCCUCCAUGAGAAAGGUCUGAAUGUGUUGGUCCUGGAGGCCAGAGACAGGGUGGGAGGCCGCACCUGCACUGCAUAUGGAGAAGGUUUCGGUUACUGUGAUGUUGGCGGGUCGUACGUCGGCCCCACUCAAAACAGACUCCUCCGUCUGUCCAAAGAGCUGGGGAUAGAGACAUACAAGAUGUACGAUAAAGGGCAGUACAUUUUCAUGACUGGAGGCAGACCUACAGAGUACAAGCCCCUCCCAACCUUCUGGAACCCGUUCAAAACCAUGGACCUGCUCCACAUGCUCAGGCUCAUAGAUGAGUAUGGGAGCAAAAUCCCAGCUGAUGCACCCUGGGAUUGCCCUCAUGCUGAGGAGUGGGACCGGAUGACGAUGAAGGAAUUCUGGGAAAAACACUGCUGGACUCAGACUGCGAUCACGUUUGGUGACUUGUUGGUGGAGUCGUUUGUGACGGCAAAGUCCCACCAAGUCUCCAUGCUGUGGUUCCUGUGGUACAUUAAACAGUGUGGAGGUUUUGACAGGUGCUGUUCAACAGUAAAUGGUGGACAGGAAAGGAAGUUUCUGGGUGGAUCUCAGCAGAUCAGCCUGAGGAUGCAGGAGUUGUUGGGGGACCGUGUGAGGCUGAACCAGCCAGUGGUGAGGGUGGAGCAAGGAAAGGAUGGAGUGACACUGUACACAGGCACACAGGACAGGUAUCAGGCUCGUUAUGUGGUGUUUUCCAUCCCUGUGCCCCUGCAACUGAAAGUGACCUUUGACCCCCCUCUGCCGACGCCGCGGUACCAGUUGAUCCAGCGAGUUCCGAUGGGCUCUGUGCUGAAGAUCAUGAUGUACUACGAGCGGCCAUUCUGGAGAGAAAAAGGCUACUCUGGUCUGAUAAUUAUAGAAGAAGAUGAUGCUCCUGUGUGUUUCACUUACGAUGACACCAAACCGGACGGAUCUUACCCUUGUAUUAUUGGAUUUUGCCCAGCUGAUAAAGCAGUGCACUUCUCGCAGCUUCCUGAAGAAGAGAGAAAGAUGCUGAUUUGCAAGAGUUAUGCAAAGGCCUUUGGCACAGACGAAGCUUUGAAGCCAACUGCCUACGUGGAGAAAAACUGGAUGCAAGAAGAGUACUCAGGCGGCUGCUAUACCAUCUAUUUUCCACCAGGGGUCCUCACUAACUUUGGAAAGGUACUAAGGGAGCCGUUUGGACGUAUCUACUUUGCUGGAACGGAGACGGCCACCCAUUGGUCAGGUUACAUGGAGGGGGCGGUCCAGGCAGGGGAGAGGGCAGCUAGGGAGACCCUAAAUGCAAUGGGUCGCAUCUCAGCAGACCAGAUAUGGCAAGAGGAGCCGGAAUCUAAGGACUGUCCAGCACUACCGUUUGAGACGACGUUCUUGCAGCGUAACGCCCCGUCUGUCGGAGGGUUCCUGAAGUUCCUGGGUCUGACACCCAUUGUCGCAGGCGUGGGGGCAUUUGCUCUGAAGGGUAAACUGUAGCCGCCAUCUUGUACAGCUGAUCAAGGUCAGGAGAUUAUGCAGACGAUGGCAAAAUUGUUAUGCAUGAUUUCAAUGUGCAGAAAAUUUAUUUAAUAACUGAUUUAAGAAAGAACAAAACUUUAAGGUUAGAAAAAAAAGCCUGGAGAAAUGAUUAAAAGCAAUUUUCAACUUAUCAUUACUGUAGGAAUGGGAAAGUGUUUGCUCUGAAGAGUACUUAAGCUGUAUACAUAGCUGCCAUCUUGUAAAGGCUGAGUUGGUGGAUUCAAGGUUAGGAGAAUGCAGACAAUGACAAAGUUGUUACGCA